CAUUUAGUCAGAACAGGCACUAUUAACGUUCAUAAUUAUUUUUAAGCUAUUGAGAUUUUUACAUCCAGAUGCCAGAGCUAAUUGAAGACAAUUUUCUCUAUCUGUCCACACUAUCUGAAACAGUUUAAAGCUUCUCCGAAAAUUUGGUAACAUUCAUUUUUGGCAUCUUCUACAGCAUAUUGGCCAGUAUGAUUCAUUCUUUCUUUGAGCACAAUUAGCUAUGAAAACAGAUCUUAGACUCCCCCCACCCCUCCCCAAAGGAUUACUGAAGGUCGGAAAUGCAGGUGAUUAUCAUAGUUUGCCUUUGAUACAGACAUCCUGCUCUCCUGCAGGCCCUUUGAACUAACUUUGAUAUGCAAUAAUUAAGAGGGAUUCAACCCCUGGAGGAGAAGCCGCUGCAGCCCUGCCUCUUGUCUCCUUCUAUCGAGUCCUUGUUUUGAACUAUUGAUCAAACAGAUUUGAAAGGAUUUGUUGAAGCCUGUGUGGGGUAAAAAGGAAGGAAGCGAAGAGAGGGAGGAGAAGGAUGAGGGGGCACAUCUGGCUAUAAAUAGUUGCAGAAAGAACCUGUUGAUCAGACCUGCUCCUUCAAUUUCAUACACCUUCCGUAGGCAGAUUUGCUUCUCUUUCAGAACAAGGUUACAGGCGACUUGUAGUUUCCAGCUUGGCAGAAGCUCUGCUGUGGGUUUGGAGCAGCCCAAUUUGGGGGGACACGCAAAGUGCUGUGAACAUCAAAGAGACCCGGGAAACUGAAGGAUGAUGCUGGUGGCCUUGCUGGGACUCAGCUGGUUCUGCUCACCCCUGGGAGCUCUGGUUCUGGACUUCAACAACAUCAAGACCUCUGCGGACGUGCAAGGGGCUAGGAAGGGUUCCCAGUGCAUGUCUGACAAGGACUGCAACACUAGAAAAUUCUGCCUCAAGCCCCGUGAUGAGAAGCCAUUCUGUGCUACAUGCCAAGGGUUGCGGAGGAGGUGCCAGCGAAAUGCCAUGUGCUGCCCAGGAACACUCUGCAUGAACGAUGUCUGCACUACAAUGGAAGAUGCAGCCCCAAUACUGGAAAGACAGACUGAUGACCAAGAUGGCACAGACACAAAAGGAACAACUGAGCAUCCAAUGGAGGAAAACAAACCCAAGAGGAAGUCAAAUAUUAAGAAACCACAAGGCAGUAAGGGACAAGAGGGAGAAAGCUGUCUGAGAACCUUUGACUGUGGCUCUGGACUUUGCUGUGCUCGUCAUUUUUGGACUAAAAUUUGCAAACCAGUCCUAUUAGAGGGACAAGUCUGCUCUAGAAGAGGACAUAAGGAUACUGCUCAGGCUCCAGAAAUCUUCCAGCGCUGUGACUGUGGUCCUGGACUAUUAUGUCGAAGCCAAGUGACUGGCAAUAGACAACAUGCACGGUUAAGAAUAUGCCAAAAAAUAUAAAAAGCUGUAAACACUUCAAUAUGAAGAAUUUUCAUUGUCCUCAAGCAGAUUCUCAGACAUUAAUUUUAAAGUGCUUCCAUACAAAUCUCUCUUAAAAUCAAAUCUUUCAGCAACAGAAGUAGACUGAAACUAGAGAACUAUGAGAUGAUACAUUGUGAUGAAUGGAAGCCAUCUUUGGCUUUUCAUCUGACAUGAUUCUGUAAGUUAAAAAAA